AUGGCGGCGACCUCCACCACAGCCACGCUCACGCCGCUGCUAAUCCACCUGCUACGCGGCGCCUCCGACCACGCCUCCGUCUCGGCCACGCACGCCAAGCUCCUCAAGGUCGGCACCGCCUCCGCCGUCUCUUCCUGCAACCACAUCAUCGCCGCCUACUGCAGAUGCGGCGCCACCGCGGACGCCAACUACCUGUUCGACAGAAUGCCCGUCCGGAAUGUAGUCUCCUGGACGGCUCUCAUGUCCGGGUACUCCAUCUCCGGUCGACCCCGCGUGGCUGUUUCCCUCCUCCGUGCCAUGUCUCACAGCGGCGUGCCACCGAACGCCUUCACCUUCUCGACUGCGGCCAGCGCUUGCGCACACCUUGCUGAUGCUGGACUUGGGCGGCAAGUGCAUGCCCGUGCCGAGGUCGAGGGCUACGCAUCUGACGCCGUCGUUGCCACUGCACUCGUCGACAUGUAUGGCAAGGCCGGAAGUGUCGAGUGUGCACGUGCAGUGUUUGAUGGUAUGGCUGAUCCGCAGAGGAAUGUGGUAUCGUGGGGCUCGAUGCUGUCAGUUUAUGCACAGAAUGCGCUUGGGCGCGAGGCCAUUCAACUUUUCGCUGAGUUCAGAACCAAAAGCAAUGUCAUGGCGCCCAACCACUUCAUGCUGUCAAGCGUUGUGAACGCGUGCGCAGGCGUCGGGCGGCUUGGAGUUGGCAAGUCUCUGCAUGGAACAGUCCUUCGGUUUGGGCAUGGAUGCAAUGGCGUGAUUGCUGUUGCUUUGGUUGACAUGUACUCCAAGUGUGGAUUCUACGAGUACUCAAGAAAGGUGUUCAACAGAAUUGAGCAACCGUCAGUCAUCUGCUAUACCUCUAUCAUCGUGGCAGCAGCAAAGUAUGGUUUUGCUAGGUGCGCACUCAAUCUGUUUAAUGAGAUGAUCGAUCAAAAUGUGCAACCAAACAGUGUUACACUGCUCGGUGUCAUGCAUGCUUGCAGCCAUUCAGGUCUUGUUGACACCGGCCUCCAUCUCCUCCACUUCAUGCAGAGCAAAUAUGGCAUCAAUCCAUGCGCCAGCCACUACACAUGUGCGGUUGACAUGCUCGGACGAGCAGGACGGCUCGAUGAGGCAUUUGAGCUUGCCAACAAAGUGCAGGUUGAAGGCGGUGACACCCUCAUGAUGUGGAGUUCAUUGCUGUCAGCUUGCCGGAUUCAUAGGCGCUUAGAUCUAGCCACCAGAGCUGGCCACAGAGUGUCAGAGUUCAACCAAGAUGUAGCAGGUGCACUGGUAGUGAUGUCAAAUGCAUACACUUCAGCCGGUCAGACUGACAAUGCUGCUGCUGUAUGGUCGAACAUGAGACUGCAAGGCAUACGGAAAGAUCCUGGGUGCAGCUGGAUUGAGAUAAAGGACGUCCCCUACGUGUUCUACGCUGGGUUGGUAUCACCCGCCGGUGCAAGGGCAGAUGAAGUGAUGAUGUUGCUUGAUGAGUUAGAGGGUAAGAUGCGGGAGAAGGGUUACAAUGGUAGACUAGGUAGUACUAGAGUCUUUGAUGCUCAUGAAGAGGAUGGAGAGGACGGGAAAGGUGUAAUGGUUGGAGUGCAUAGUGAGAUGUUGGCAUUAGGGUUUGGUUUGCUGGUUAUCCCCAGGGGGAUGACCAUCAGGGUGAUGAAGAACCUGAGGAUGUGCUGCGACUGCCAUGAUGGGUUCAAGCUCAUAAGUGGCAUUGUGGAGAGGGAGUUUGUUGUGAGGGAUCUGAAUAGAUUCCAUCACUUCAAGAUGGGGUCAUGUUCUUGCAAUGACUACUGGUGAUUCAAGGCUGAAAUCAAAGUGGUUGUGAACUUUGUGAUAGAGAAGGAAAAGAACAUUAUCUCAUAUCUGAUUGUCUUCAGGUGACUCUGUUGGCAUUCACCAUACUGUUCUAGAGCAUUUAUGUGCUUGUAGAAACUGACCCAAUCUUUGUAUUGAUUUUACUCUAACUUAAUUCCAAUUAGUUUGACCAAUCAUCCCAUUUGACCUUGUGCAUUCUUACUACAGUGGAUCUGGUCUUUUCUUAAGGUAUAAACGGGUAUCUAUCUGUUUA